AUGUCGUUCAACGACCUCGAACGCGGCUCAUCUUCUCGUCAAGGCGGAUCCGGAUCCGGCGGUGGUGGCAGCGGCUCCCGCAAAACUCCGCUUCCCCUCUACCGCGACGAAGUGUCAUCUUCUUUGCCGCCCGAGUUCGAAAAGCUCACCAGCAAGAUCGGCAUCCAGAUCUUCAAGAUCCAAUCCAACGUCACAGCCAUCCAGAAGCUCAUCUCGCUCUCUUCCUCCAAUUCAUCCGCCAAAGCAGCAUCACAGGACUGGAGCAAACGCAUCAACGACUUGAUAGAGACCACGCGCGAACUCGUCAAAGAUGCCACCACCGACAUCAAGCAGCUUUCCACCUUCCCGCUUGGUCCAGCAAACGGUGGGGCCAAGCUGACCCAGGGCAAGUUGCAGCGAGACUUUCAAGCCGCUGCAUUGCAGUUUCAGCGCGUGCAGAAGGAGGCGGUUGCAAAGACGCGCGCCAAGCUGGAACAGGAUAAGCAGAAGGAACGACAGAUGCUCAAGUCGCGCAACUCGCAACAGCUCCUAAUCGACACCGAGGAGUCGGAUCGUGCUGGUGCUCCAGGCGGUGCAGAGGGUGCGUUGCAAGCAGAGGAACUCGACUUGCUACCCGAAGGACCGACCCAGGCGGAUCUCGAAUAUCAGGAAUCGCUCAUCACUUCGCGCGAAGCCGAGAUCAGAGAGAUCGAGUCCGGCGUCCAAGAACUCAACGAAAUCUUCCGCGACCUCGGCAACAUCGUUCAGGAACAAGGAGGUAUGAUCGACAACAUCGAGUUCAACAUCAACUCGAUUGCCGACAACACCGCAGGCGCUGACCGAGAAUUGGUGGUUGCGCACGAGUACCAGAGGAGGGCGGGGAGGAGGUGCAUCUGUCUGUUGUUGGUGGUUGGAUUCGUGGUUGCCAUCGUGUUGCUGGCGAUCCUCAACUAG